AUGCUCGCUUGGUCACUCUCCUUGCAGCCGCUGGUCGGCUUGUCUGUGGUCUCGUUUGCCUUUUUCCAGCUUGUCCACCCUCUCCGCGUAAUGACCCGUGGCAACGAGCAAAUUGACGAACUCGACCUUCGCCGCCGUAACGCUGAAGAUAUUGGUCUCGAACAUGACGUGAUCCCUCGCGCUCAUCUCUUUCGCAAGCCGGAGAAGAACUUUAAUCAGGGCCAAAUGCUGGCCGGUGCCAACGACCAUUUCAUCAAGAUUCGCAAUUUGAUGGCCGACGGGAACCGGCGACCAAAUCAGGACGGACAAGUUCAGACGCAGCGAGACGACUCCGUGUGUCCAAUUUGCAAGUCUUACCCCUGCGUCUGUAUCCUUGAUAGUCUUCCUAUCCGUGGCUCUAUGGCAUACGGAGGCUACAAGAGCUUAAAAGACAGCUCUACCCUCCUCAUCGACCCUGCGAACGAUAGCUUCGGAAAGGGCAAUGACCAGGGCAGCAUCAAGCAUGACUCGCUUCAGAAACGCGACAAAGGCUGCCACGGAUACAAGUGCAACGCCACCGAGCAACCGCAGGAUGGCGGUGACGAGCUUCAUGGCUGCAACGCUUGUGGCACUCCCUACUGCAAAUGCGUACCCACUCAGGGUAAAGAUGGCGGUGACGACGUAGACAACGAGAAUGAAGAAUGA